GUGUCAUAAGUGAUGUCAACGCGACAACUGAUCUCUCAAUGUGUCAAAUGGACACGUCUUGCAGCCAUAACUGCCUCUUGUGGUUACAUAUCUUGGAAUUUUAUUGCCGAACCUAUUCUUUGUUCGGGUUCAUCAAUGGAGCCGACACUUCAUGACAAUGAUAUCAUACUUACGGAGCGAUUCUCAUCGGUUUUUACUAAAAAUUAUAACCGGGGUGAUGUGGUAGUAGCCCGAUGUCCAACAAAUCCUAAUACUCUAAUUUGUAAGAGAGUAGUGGCCGUUGCCGGCGACUCAAUCAGACAGGGCUUCUUCUCACAAAUAGUGAUACCUCGCGGACAUGUCUGGUUGGCCGGUGAUAACACAAACCACUCAACCGAUUCCCGAGUCUGGGGUCCCAUACCUAUUGGACUUAUUGUUGGCAAAGCAGUACUUAAGGUUUGGCCAUUUGAAGAGUUUGAAGUUGUGCCCAAUACACCAAAAGUCAGACAAAAGUCACCAAAACAAGAGUCUUAGUCAAUAAAUUCAUAUAAAUUGUCUCAAAAUAUACAUAUUUAUCAUAAU